UCGACGCGAUUUGCCAUAUAAUGAGGGGCAAACUCGUCAUUUCAGUCCACUACUCUGCCUCGGUUCGUCCACAGUUCCACUCCCGUCCUUCAAAACCCCCCAGCUUCCUCCAUCCCCACCAUCACUCAAAACUCUCUCUCUCUCUCUCUCUCUCUCUCUAAAUUCAUGGCUUUGAAUCGAGAUCACGACCUCAUCCCUUCGUCCCCGAGCAACUCGUCACUCUCCUCCUCCGAUCUCGACACCGAGUCGACGGGCUCCUUCUUCCCCGACCGGAGCACCUCCCUCGGAACCCUAAUGGGCGUCUCCUUCCCCGACCUCCCCGCGCCGCGCCCCGCGCGCCGCGACCAUCACGGCGCCGACGCCGGAGGGAGGAGGCCGAGGCCGAGGGCGCCGGAGCGGCGGCGGCGCAGCAGCCGCGGCGGGGGGAGGGGGUGGUGGCGCCUCUGCCGCGACGACGCGGCCGCGCCGGCCUCCCUGGGGGAGUUCCUGCAGGUGGAGCGCAGGAUCGGCGGGGGGGCGGUCGACGGGGACUACGUCUACGGCGCCGGCGGCGGAGGCGGCGCGGCGGAGCACGAGGCGGUGGGAGGGGGCCCGCUCUUCGAGGACGGGAGGGUUUUGCCGCCGGAGGGGAGGCGGCGCGGGCAGCAGCGGGCGGCGGAGGGGCCGGUCGGGAGGUGGCCGGUGCUCCUCACGGGGAUCUGCACCGGUGGAGAAGCGUAGGCCUUUUCUUUUUGUAAUUUCCUGCUACUUUGGGGUUAUGUAUACAAUAAAACUCUCUUAUCUAUUUCUCUACUUUACUUUACUUUCCUUUUUUUUCUUUCUUCUUUUUUACCCUUUUUCCCCUUUUUUUUCCUUUUCCUUUUUCUUUUUUUUUUUAUACAUUAGAAAAAAAAAAAGAAAAGGGAAUGGAGGAGGAUGAAUAAAAACUGUGUUUUCUGCGUAGGCACUCUUUUAAAA